GCCCGUUGUCAAGGAGGGUCGAACGCAUCGAACAGGGAAGGAUGAGCCUGGCGGAGAACAGGCCGUCGCGCAAAAAUGCCGGCAACCGCAUGUCGCGGCUGUUGGAGGCAGAGGAAGAGGACGAUUUCUACAAGACGACUUACGGAGGCUUCCACGAGGAGUCUGGAGAUGACGAGUACAAUACGGACCAGUCAGAGAGCGAGGACGAGGUGGACUCUGACUUCGACAUUGACGAGGGGGAUGAGCCAGCCAGUGACCAGGAGGAUGACGAGCCGCGCAGGAAACGCCGUGUCAUCACCAAAGUCUACAAGGAGCCAGUGAAGUCGAGUCGGCCAAAAGCCAAGCCCAGGAAGUCUUUGGGCACCCCUGGCACGUCAGAGAAAGCAUAUCCUGACAAGGGGGACACCACUGAUCUCCCGGACGAAUUUGGAGAAUGUGGCCGCAAGUCGGUGCGGCAGUCGACCACAGAGCACACGCGGCUGACAUACCUGCGGGUGCAGGAGCGCCAGGUGCAGCCCCGCCGCCUUCGCAAGGCGCCGCAUGCAGAGACCCACCAGCUCAGCCAGGAGGAGCUGCUGGCGGAGGCCAAGCUCACUGAGGAGAUCAACCUGCGCUCCCUGGAGAACUACGAGCGGCUGGAGGCGGACAAGAAGAAGCAGGUGCUGAAGAAGCGGCGGUGCGUGGGACCUACCAUCCGUUUCCAUUCCGUCACCAUGCCGCUGGUCACUGAGAUCAACGUAAAGGAGGAGAAUGUGGAUGUAGAAGGGCUGGACCACGACCCGCAGCCGACAUCGGAGCAAUCCCAGACACCAGCGCUGGCUCCUGUGGGGAGGUGCCUGCGCAAUUUCAUCACUUUCAGUGAUGACGCCACCUUUGAACGUGCCUUCCCCAAGGCCAAGCCGCCCAGGGUCCCGGCCCGCGAGCUCUGCCCCGUCACCCAUAAGCCAGCCCUGUACCGUGACCCCAUCACCGACAUCCCCUACGCCAACACCCGGGCUUUCAAGAUCAUCCGUGAAGCCUACAAGAAGUACAUCACGGCGCACGGGCUGCCCAGCUCCCAGGGUAGCUCGCAGCCUGAGCAGGCUGGCCGCAACCGCCAGAGGAUCAUCAUCAAACAGGCUGCACCUCCUACCUGAAGGGAGAGGGGAGUGUUGGGGGUGGGAGGGGAGUACUUUAUGGCCCUCUCCCUCUCCCCCUCUGAUCCAAAGAGAGAUGUAUCAUCUCUUCCUGGGACGGUGUAGGGGGAGCUUCACUCGUUAUCUGAACACAUGAGUGUGUGAUGGGACUGGAUGGAGGGAGCUUCACUCCGUACCUGGGGUCCUGCGAGUGUGUAAUAGGACUUGUAGAGGUCCCAGAACUCUAGGCUCCCAAUUACUCUAUGACUGACCCCAAGAGUAUGAGAUGGGACAGUGUCGAGGGAGCUUCACUCUGUGUCUGGUUGAGUUUGUCACAUCUAUCUGCCAGGGGCAAUGUGUUGCAGAAAUAAUAAUCUUUUGUGUAUUCACAGCCUACCUUUAUGCCCCUAAAAGUGUCAUUUUUAAAUAAUAAAUCUGCAAAAUGAUUACAAGUUGC